AGAAAAAAGGUUGGUGAAAAAUUUUUCACUAACAACUUAAAGAGUCUUUUCUUCAUUCAACCAGAAUUAUAAACAAAACCAACCAAUUAUAAAAUGACUAGAACUUCUGUCUUAGCUGAUGCUUUAAACGCUAUUAACAAUGCUGAAAAAACCGGUAAACGUCAAGUUUUAAUUAGACCUUCAUCAAAGGUUAUUAUCAAAUUCUUGUCAGUUAUGCAAAAGCAUGGUUACAUUGGUGAAUUUGAAUACAUUGAUGACCACAGAUCUGGUAAGAUUGUUGUUCAAUUAAACGGUAGAUUAAACAAGUGUGGUGUUAUCUCUCCAAGAUUCAAUGUUAAGAUUAAUGACAUUGAAAGAUGGACUGAUAACUUAUUACCAGCUAGACAAUUCGGUUAUGUUAUCUUAACCACUUCUGCUGGUAUUAUGGAUCAUGAAGAAGCCAGAAGAAAGCACGUUUCUGGUAAGAUCUUAGGAUUCGUUUACUAAGCUUUAUCUCUGUUUUAUACAUGUAUAUUAUUUAAUAAAAGGUUAAUGUAAUGGAA